AUGAUGUUUGCAGGCGGAACUUCCUCCUCCGGUUCCACAUCCAGUAACUCCCAGUACAUAGGAUCCUUCAACCCUAACCAAAUGAUGAGCAGCAUGGGAAGCGGAAUGAAUAUGUUUAAUCCUGGUUCUCAAUCCGGUGGACAGACUUCGUCACAAUCAUCAGGUUCCACGGCAACGUUUGAUCCUACAAAACUCAACAACCAGUUAAGCAGCUCGUCUGGAUCCCAGACCAGUGGAAUGGGUGGGGGAUUUAAUCCAAAUCAGAUGAUGGGUGGUGGAGGUAGUGGAACAUCCACACAACAAUCAAGCUCUGGCGGAACUCAGUCCGGAAGUACAAGUGGAACAAGCAGCUCAGGAACUGGGACCUCGGCAUUUGGUGGUAGUUUUAAUCCAAACCAACAAGGUGGAGCUCAAUUCAACAAUCAACUAAGUAGCUCUACUGGGUCCCAGACAAGUGGUAUGGGUGGGGGAUUUAAUCCAAAUCAGAUGAUGGGCGGUGGAGGUAGUGGAACAUCGAGUGGAACUCAGUCCGGAAGUACCAGUGGUACAAGCAGCUCAGGAACCUCAGCAUUUGGUGGUAGCUUUAAUUCAAAUCAGCAAGGUGGUUCUCAGUUCACAAACCCCAUGUCACAAAUGGGAGGCGGGCAGGGAGGGGCAUCAUCAUCCCUCGUUCCAAAUUAUAACCCCAAUAACGCUGCAGUAAAUAUGGCAGGCGGGUAUGAUCCAAAUGCAGCUAACUCCGGACAGGGGACUGGAGGCAACACCCCAACUUUCACCAACGGAAUGGGAAUGAAUGCUAAGCAGCAGUCGAUGGGAGGAGGUUCGAUGCCAAGUGGAAAUGGCAUGACACAGCAAUCGGGAAGUGGAAGCGCCAUGCUACAAAGUGGUACGAGUAGUGGAGGUGCCUCGUCAUUUGGAAGUUCAACAAGCUCAGGAAGCAGUUCCACUGGAAGCAAUACACCUGGAAGUGGAAGUGCGUCCUCCUUUGGAAGUUCAUCUGGAACUGGAUCAGGCACUUCUUCAAGCGGUAGUGCUUCUUCUUUUGGUAGUCCAAGUGCAUCAGCGAGUACUUCCCAAGGAGGAGCAAAUUCAUUUGGAAGUCCUACAAACACACAAUCUGGGUCUUCAAGUGGAGGCAGCAGUUCAGGUGCCUCUGCAUUUGGUACUCCUAUGUCCGGAAGUAGCUCUAGCAGCGGAACAUCACAGACUUCCGGUGGGACUUCGAUGGCUGGAUCUUUUGAUCCUAUUAAAACAAAUGUCGAAACAACUCAGUCCGGAUUCAAUCCCUUAAGUCCAGUUUUAGCAUCUGGUGGCACGUUUGAUCCUGGUGCAGUUAACACACAAAUGGCAGUACAGGGUGCUAGUUUGAACAUGUUCGGUGGCGCUGGAGGUCGGGAUGCAAAUAAAAUGGAUGCUAAUUCAUUAAUGGGUGGAGCUCCUGGAAUGAUGGGUGGGGCGAAUCAGGUCAACGGUGGGUCCAGUGGUGGUAGCGCCGGGGCAAACAUGUUUAAUCCAAUGGGAUCAAUGAUGAGCGGUUCAUCCAGUGGCGCUGGUGGGACUUCCGGUCCAAUGAAUAUGAUGAAUACAAUGGGAUCAUCUGUAACAGGACGAACACUCAAUUCGGGAGGUAGCUCCGUGUCAUCUUCCAAUCCCAUGAUGCCUGGUGGACUUCCACCAGGCGGAAAUCCCCUGGAUCCAAUGGGGGCAAUGUCUGGUGGCGGGGACAUUUCUAAGUUUUCUGGAGGUACCAGUCUCGUGGAUCCGAAAGGAUUUAUGAAUGGAGGAGGAUUAACCGGGACCCAGUCAAAUCAGUUCUCAAUGCUAGGUAAGCGCUUUUUAUCUAUUUUCAUUUUUGCCUUACAAAAUAUUGUUCGAAAACGCAUGUCUCAUUAA